AUGAUUUAUUGGCUUGUUCAAUCAAUAUUCUAUAUAGUAAUACUAUUUUUGAAAAAUUCUUAUUGUUUCUAUAUAGAGGAAAAUAUAAAUGAAUUAAAAAAAGUUAUUAACAAUGAAUUGCUAUAUAACGAAUUAAAUAGAUUACAAGACAUGCUAUUAUAUACAAUAGAGCAUGAUGUGUUAAAGCUACCAAUAAAAACAGAUGAUAUAAAAUAUGAAUAUAUUAAUGAUAAUUAUAAUGAAAUAUCAAUACAUGAUAACACAUCUAAUAAAAAUGAAUCUUAUCUUACAUUAAAACAUAAUGCCACAGUAGAAGAUGUAAUAAAUUAUGAACACAUUUUAAAAGAACAAGUGGCUUUAAAAUAUGAUCCUUCUAUAUCAGAUAAAAUUAAAAAUAAAAUUUUACUUAUAAGAACAUUAAAAAUUGUUAAAUUUAUGUUGGUACCAAUUGAAGAGUAUAAAAAAAAUAAAGAUAUAAAACAAGCCUUAUACAAAUUAAAUAAAUUUUUUAUUUAUGAUCAUAAAAAAAGUAAAAAUUAUGAUCAUUUUACUUCUAAAUUAAAAACUGCAAUUCGUGAAAAUAUGUUAUAUUCAUCAAAAUUUAUUAAAAUAAAAAAUCAAAUGUCUCAAAAUGAUGAUAUCAGUGAAUAUGAUGUUGAUUACAAAGAUUUAUUAUUUUCAUAUCAGCCUAAUGUUGAAUAUAUGAAAAACCAAGAUGCUCUAUCUAAUUAUUAUGGCAUAGGUAUAUAUAAUCAAAUCGGAUCCCACUAUAUAGCGCUCGGCCAUUUCAUCACCCUCAAAAUGGCAUUUAAACAUUUCAACAAGUAUUUUGUAAAUGGAGAUUUAAAGUUUUAUACAUGGGGAAUGAUAUUACAAUUCACACCUGAAGAUCGGUUUAAGGCUUUAGAUUUAAUAUGUGAUGAUACAUAUCCCAAAAAAAAUAAAAUUAAUAAAAAAAAUACUAUUAUAAAAAGCAGAAUAACAGGAUCAUCACAAGAUUGUUCAGUAUUAGAAUUUCUUAUACAUCAAUAUAAUAUAUAUCAAAUUGAAUUAUUCAAAAAAGCUAGCAUUCUAAAUUUGAAUAUGCAACUAUUUUUAGAUACAGAUUCUUUAAAACAAAAUUUUUUUAACUUUAUGUGUAAAAAAAAUAAUGAAUGUAAUAUAUACAAAGGUCCACAUUUUAAACAAGAAAAUGAUGAUAAAUAUGAUUUUAUAGAUAAUAAUCAAAAAUUUAGUGAUUAUUUCAUAGAAAAUAUUGAAAAAAAUAAUCCAUAUAGUGUAUAUACUAAUUAUUAUUAUUUUACAAAAUAUUAUAAUGAAUUUAACCAAGAUCAAGUUAUUUAUGUACAUAUUUUAAAUUUAAUUGGAAUUUUAUCUGGCAGUCCUAGUGCAUUUGUUAGUUCCUUAUAUUUACCAGGAUAUUAUAAUGCCAUUCAGCUUUCUUAUAUCGAAAGCCAAGAAAUAGCGGAACUUUAUAAUAACCUAGUAAAAUGUUACAAAGUUUGCUAUUCUAGAAGAUCGAGCGCUUUAAAAAACAAAAUAAAAAAUAUAUUCACCGUUAGAUAUUAUGAUAGUUCCCAGUGCGGUAUAUGUGAAGGGACAAUGUUCUACAUAAAUAAUCGAACUCAAGAUACCACUCCUAUGUUACAAAGAUAUUACAAUUAUGUAACCCAAAUUUUAAAUGUGAGCAUUUUAAGCAAUUUAACAGAUAAAAUGCACAUUUACGAAAGUUAUGAUAACUUUUUAAUGCACGAUUUAAAUUGGUUCACCUUUCUAUUCUUAUUUAGAAUGACAACAUAUCAAGAUAUACAUAAUAAUACAAUAUCAAAUGCCAUGUUUCUAAAUCUACAUAAUGAAACUAAGCCAAAACGAACUAUGGUAACAUUCCAUUGGUAUCCAUCAUAUUUAAAAAAAUUUAUAAUUCAUUAUAUUCGAAAAAAUAAGUCUAUAUCUUUGCUAAAUGAAUUAGAAAGUAAAGUGAAAAAAGAAACAAUCGAAAAAAUGAAAAACAGUAUAAGAUUUGUUAUGCAUAUAAAUUCAAUACUACAACUAGACUUUUUUUAUUACCUAAAUGAAAAACCUCUCAAAAAUAAUCACCCAUAUGGAUUAACUAUGUUAAUAGAAAAUAAAUUUAAAGAUUGGUUUAUGAAUUAUCUAACAGGGUUUACUAUGGUUAAUUAUGAUGAUAAUAAAGGGCGUUAUAAAUUACCUGAAAAACGUGAAAAGAGAGAAUUUUUAGCAUCAAAAUUAAAAAUGUGGACUAUAUAUGUAAAAAAAAUUAUAACUGAUGCAUAUGUUCAAAACUUUAAUCAAAAACAUGUUAUAAAUUUAUAUAAAUAUCAUGAUAUAUUCAAUAUAAAUAACAAAAUUAUGGUAAUGAGAGAUUCAUACGAACUUUAUAUCAAAAAUUUUGAUAAGGUAUUUUUUACUGGUGAUAUUUUGAUAUACAAUAAAUUCUUUUCCUCUACACCCAAAAUACAAAUAUUGAAAGAUAGAGCACUUUAUUAUGUUCAUGGUUUAUGGGGGAAUCAACUUAAUUAUUAUAAAUUUGGUGUUUUAUAUGCAUAUACUAUAAAUAAAAAACUUUUAAAAGAAAUCGUAGAAGAAUUACAUACUAUUUAUGUUACGAAUAAAAAUGUUUUUAAUGAAGUCUCUUUUAUGCAAACUGUUCGACUAUUGUUCAAAAAAAUUCAACACAGUUUUUUUUCUCACCGUCGAAACGAUGCCGUGGUAAGUCAGUUUCGCCUCGUUCGCUCAUCCGUUUAUUCGCUCGUCCGUUUAUUCGCUCGUCCGUUUAUUCGCUCGUCCAGUAUGAACAACAUCUUCUUUUUCAACGUCCGAAACAACUACUCCAAACUGCCAAAAGAGGAAAGGUAUCAAGAAAUCCACGAAUCAUUGGCAUCUCGUUUUUUCGAGAAAACGCUGUUCUCAAUAUUUCACAUCAUGUUUAUUAUUAAAAUAAGCAAACAUGUAGAUAGACUUGACACGAUAUAUGGAAAAGCAAAUAUGCUAAGAAUAAUCGUACAUGAAGAACCCCAUUUAAGAUUAGAAUAUUUAUAUAAUAGUAGUAUGGUAGAUAGUUUAUUAAAUGUUUUUUUUCCUUUAUAUAUAAAAAAACCAACAGUACAACUAAAAUAUGGUAAAACAUUUAUUUUAGCUAACAUGUUUAAAUUAACAUCGGAAUUAUUUGCUAUUUAUAAUUUAAAUAAUUUAAGCAUGUUAUGUGAAUAUCAAGCUAUAACAGGUGCUAAUUAUUAUUCCUUCAAAAAAUUAAAUGAUUUUAUUGAUAGAAAAUUUGUACCUAUCAUUUUAUUUGGCUAUUAUAAAAAAUUAGCUAACGAAAUUAACAAUCCAGGUCAAAAUAGAUUUGUUGCACUUAGAGAACGGGCAGUAGAUGAUGGAGCAAUUAUGCUUACACUUCUUUAUAAAUCUCUAUAUAUGGCUGGUAAUAUCUUAUAUCGAAAUGGGGCUUUUUUUCCAAAUCAUUUACCAGAAGAAUUACAAAAACAAAUAGAUUGGAUACCACUUGAUAAAAUAGAAAAUAAACCAAGUGCAUUUUAUUUUGAUUUUCAAGCUUUAUUUGCUACUGUUCAUGGGGUUUGUUUAAAAUCAUUUAUAUAUACAUUAAGUGUAUAUUUUUGUUUCUUUGAUUAUAGUGUAUUUUUAUUCAGAUUAACUACACGUAUAUUUGAUAGAUUCAUAACUGUUAUAGAUACAUAUAUAAAUGCAUAUAUUAGAUCAAUGUUUAAUAGAUGUACAAUAGAUGUUUUUUUAAAAGCUUUAUCAAAAAUUUAUGAUGAAACUAAAAAAGAAGGUUAUUAUAGAGAAAUUAUUGAAUCUAGAAUAUAUUCUAAAGAUUAUUGUAAUAAUGAUACAGAAUGUGAAUUUCCACAAGCAAAUACACAAAUUAUUGAACCUAUUGAUAUUUCAGGAAGCCAUUAUGGAACAUCAUUUUUUUAUAAAGAUUAUAAUAUAGAUUUUGAAGAGUUGGAUGAAAAUGAGCUAUUUUUAAAUGAUAAGAGUAUUAUAAAUUAUGAAAGCGAUUUAAAUUUUUAUCAAAAUGAUAUCGAUUUCACUAAUAAACCAUUUAAUCUAUGUAGUACCAAUGAACAACAUAAGCCUGAUGGAUGA